AUGAUGUUGGAUGCGACUCCUACGAAAGACAACUUGCCUACAAGUUAUUAUGAUGCAAAGAUAUUGGUGUCGAAGUUGGGUUUAGAAGUACGAAAGAUUGAUUGUUGCAUAAAUGGAUGCAUGUUGUUUUAUGACAAUGAGUUUGGUAUUAUGAUGAGGCGCUGGAGGAAUGUAAGUUCUGUAAGAUUCCGAGAUAUCAAGUUCAUAGUAAAGCCAUUAACCAUAAACAAAAACGUGUAG